AUGGUUAUUGGUUGGAUUUAUCCAAGGAUAUUAUUCUUUGGAACUAUUAUUAUUAUUAUUAUUAUUAUUUCUUCUGUAAUCGGAUGCAAAUUAUCGGAAUUUCAAUGCAACAACGGUCUAUGUAUACACACAAACCGAUUCUGUGACGGUAAAAACGAUUGCGGGGACGAAUCCGACGAACCCAGAUUUUGUACCCCCUGCAAUAGAACGUAUUAUGGCGACGUUGGAAAAACAUACGAUGUUGAAAUACACAGGCCUAAAGAAGAUAAACUUCCGUUUAUUUGUCAUUUGAUAUUUGAAGCCGGAAGUAACGAACUCGGCGACAUCGUUCAACUUGCCUUCGAUAGUUUUACAAUCGGUACGUUUUUAUCAUUUAUAAAAGAUGGAUGUCCCGACGGAUAUUUGGAAAUAUUAGAAGUCGACAGACCUCAAGUUGGUGGUAAGUGGUGCGGUACAUCGUGGGGACCAACGCUUUAUUAUUCGGAAACUAAUAAAAUAACGGUCGUUUUAAAUUUGCGUAUACUUUCCAAAGAUCAAUCUAGUUAUAAUUUCGAUAUUAAAAUUUAUUAUAAGACUUUAAAAAAAAAUUCGGCCAUUGUUAAAUACGGAGGAAUACCACCGAGUUCUUGGAACGAUAAUACGGUUACGGAUGUUGUUAAUGCGUCUCACAAACAAACGUACCAUUUACCUCCUCCAAAAUCUUCUUCAAAUGUUUAUUAUCUAGGUGAUUUAAUAUCUGGAACGUACUGCUCACGGAUAUUUAGUGACUGUAACGAAAAAUUAUGCAGACUUCAGUCACCUAAUUUUCCAGGAGUUUAUCCUAGAAAUUUAACUUGUUAUUAUGCCGUGAGACAACAAAAAGUUCCCUCUGGGAAACAUGCGGUCAUAACCGUUCGCCAACCAAACGCACAUUUAGUUUUUAUAAGAAGUAGUGCUUCGUUAUAUAGCAGACCCCCACAACAGCAGUCGGAACAACAAUCGAAAGAAUUGAGUGUAGGUUUGUUUAAGCAUGUUUUUUAUGUCAUAUCGCAGGUGUGGUCCGAGUGCGAUGAAGUGCAGGAUUACGUAACCAUAUACGAUGGAUACACGACAAGAGAUUCUCCAUUAUUGAAAUUUUGCGGAGAACGAAAAGCUGUGCCUGAAGUGACUUCAAGCGGUCCUGAACUAUUGGUGGAAUUUACAACUUCUCCCUACGGUACAUUUUUGUUUCCUGGAACGCCACAAAGUUUUCACGGAUUUCAACUGGAAGUCGAAGUAAGUUUUUUAGACCAAGAAGCUGUGUCUUACAUAAGAAACAAAAGAUGCGAAUUUAAUUUAAAAGGGUCCGGAAGAGGAAUAUUAGAAUCUCCGAGACACUCCCUAACACCAAACACAACAUGCACAUAUCAUUUAGAAGGUGGUGAGACAGUUAGACCCACUCCAACAUUUAGACCGAUGCCGGGGAGGUAUCCCGUUCAAUACGAUCCGAAAUUUUGGCAAAAACAAAUUUCUUCUCCUCCGCCUAGAUAUAAAAUUUGGCUGUCGGUUUUAAAAUUUGACGUGAGUCCUCCUUUAACAUCUUCCGAAGAUCCCUGUGCAAUUCGAUUACAAGUGUGGGAUGGAAAUUUCCGAGAUCAAAAUUGUUACGACGAAUCAUGUGACGCAGAUAAAAUUAGAAUAAUGACGUCAAAAAAAUCAAAUGCAACUCUUCUAGCGAAAUAUUGCCGUGAUGAAAUUGCUAAAACAUGUGACCAUGAACUUUUGGGUAAUCAAACACACCGUCCAAGACCCUGUUCUUUAAAUGAAAGUUUUCUAUCAACCAAAAAUGCAAUAACUCUUCAACUAAGGCUCAAAGAAGCUACAGCGUUAAGGCACGUGUCUUUUAAAGCUCUUUACGAGUUUGUAGAUUUGCACCAGGAUGGAGAAGCUUUCGGAGAUGGUCUUUGCUCAAGAAAAUUUGUUAGCCGUACACAAGGGCAAUCAUUAAAUACAGUUCAAAAAUUUCAGUCACCAAAAGAUGUUUUUCUAUACGGUAGAGGUGGUAACACCAAUCUCAGCUGUAUCUACAGGUUCGAGGGAAAAAAAGGAGAAAAAAUAAAAAUAAACAUACAAAAUGUUGGCAUGGGUACCAGACCAUGCAAGAGUUUAUAUCAUCCAGAUAUAAAUAAAAUUCUAUGUCACGGAAAUUUGUCUGCUUAUGUACGGAUUUAUGAAUAUCCCCUUCGGAACGCACCUCCCCUACCACGUGAUUGUUUGUGUUCCGGAGGAGACGGUUUAACACCGUUAAACUUUGUCUCAUCGGGGCAUAUCGUUGAAGUUGUGUUCGAAGUGUUAAAUAUGAAUUCAAUGGAUGAUUUUAAAACAUUUCAUUUCGAGGGAAGUUGGGAAUUUGUACAGCAAACAAUAUGUCCUCGAUCGCAACAAUUGAAAGGUCCAAGCGGUGAAAUUCAUUUUGUUUCACCGAGUAAAACACCCGAAGAAAUAAAUUGUGAAUAUCAGCCGUGGGUCAUAACACCAUCCGAGGGUAAAUAUUUAUACGUAAAAGCUAAGGGGGCACACAUUGAUAAAAAUUUGAUAACCUACGAGGAGGCAAUGAAUAACGUGUCUCACACAUUUCAAACAAAUACUUGCGGCACGAAAAAUCGGGUCAUGAUAUACACAGGAGGAAUGCUCAAUUCUGUGGUUUGUCCACAGCCACUUAUAUCAGACAAGCGUAGAAUCGCUGAAGUGUUUUCUUCUGGAUGGCAUUUAAGCGAUACGGAAAAUCAAGAAGAUGCAACAAUGGCCAUACUAAGGGACGAAUCUAGUGAAAAAGUAAUUCGAUCGAAAUGUAUAUUUGUCGAAUAUUUAGGAAAAGAAGAUGGACAAUACUCGGUAACCUGGUUGGAAUUAGGUCGAAGGAAACCCAUACUACCUCCAGAGGGUUACGUCAUGAAAGACUGUAUUCAUAAAUGUCCAGAAUUAGACGCUUGCAUAAAUUCUUCAUUGUGGUGCGAUGGAACCGUACACUGUCCUUCGGGUUACGACGAAUCACUAGGACAUUGUUACAUAAUAUUUCAACUUCCUCCUCUUUACCUAGCAUUUGGAGUAAUAGGUAUCAUUUGUCUGUUGACUGCGAUUGUGAUAGCCACCCUCCGAAGUUGUAAAAAAAGGAGAAAAAAUCAUUCUUCUUCUGCCGUACCAUCGGAAUCUUCCAUUUUUGAAAAGAAGGAAGUCAUUUGCUGA